AUGUCGGGUGCCCGCGUUUGGGUCAGGGAGAAGGAGCAGCUGGUUCCUGCCACAGUCAACUCCUGCGGAGAUGGAACCCUGGUUGUCACUACUGACUAUGGAGAGGUGCUGUACCUGCAGCAAGCGGAGGUCACGAGGGAACGCGUAUAUGCUAUGCAUCAGUCCAGCAUCGAUGGCGUGGAGGACAUGUCGGCGCUGGCUGAGCUGCACGAGGCGGCCAUCAUGCACAACCUGUACCAGCGCUACCAGAAGGACGACAUCUAUACAAACAUUGGCAGCAUCUUAGCAGCGGUCAACCCGUACAAGCAGAUCCCAGGUCUGUACGACCCUGAGCGGGUGGACCUGUACUCCAAGCACCAAUUGGGCGAGCUGCCGCCGCACAUUUUCGCCGUGGCCAACGAAUGCUACCGCUGCAUCUGGAAGAGACACGACAGCCAAUGUGUGCUCAUCAGUGGUGAGUCUGGGGCUGGGAAGACGGAAAGCACCAAGCUGUUGCUGCAGUUCCUGUCUGUGAUGAGCCAGAAAUCGGCUGGGACGCCGCCGUCGGAAAGGAGCACGCGCGUGGAGCAGGCCAUUGUGCAGAGCAGUCCUAUCAUGGAAGCGUUUGGGAAUGCCAAGACCGUUUACAACAACAACUCUAGCCGCUUUGGGAAGUUUAUCCAGCUUCACUUCUCAGAAAGCGGCAACAUCCAAGGAGGCUGCGUCAUUGAUUAUUUACUGGAAAAGAACCGAGUGGUGCGACAGAAUCCCGGGGAACGCAACUAUCACAUCUUCUAUGCCUUGCUGGCAGGAGCCAAGAAAGAGCAUAAAAGUCUCUACUUCUUGGAAGAUCCAGCUGAAUCUUUUCACUACCUCAGCCAGUCGGGUUGCUUAAAGGAUAAAAGUCUAAAUGAUAAAGAGCUGUUUAACAGUGUAAUGGAGGCGCUGAAAGUGUUGGAGUUUUCUGAGGAAGAGAUCAGAGACAUGUUCAAGCUCCUCUCGGGUGUCCUGCAGCUCGGCAAUGUGGAAUUCAUGACGGCGGGAGGAGCUCAGAUCACCACCAAGCAAGUGGUGACCAAUGCCAGCGAGCUGCUCGGCCUAGACGCCUUCCAACUCUCUGAAGUACUGACCCAGCGCUCCAUUAUCCUGCGAGGGGAAGAAAUAUGCUCGCCGCUCACCAUCGAGCAGGCGGUGGAUUCCCGGGACUCGGUCGCAAUGGCGCUAUAUUCCCAAUGUUUUUCAUGGAUCAUUCUCAAGAUCAAUCAAAAAAUAAAAGGGAAGGAAAACUUUAAAUCCAUUGGCAUCCUAGAUAUCUUUGGCUUUGAGAACUUUGAGGUGAAUCGCUUUGAACAGUUCAACAUCAACUACGCCAACGAGAAGCUUCAAGAGUACUUCAAUAAGCACAUUUUCUCCCUGGAGCAGCUUGAGUACAACAGGGAAGGUGUCCAGUGGGAUGCAAUCGACUGGAUGGACAACGCUGAGUGUCUUGACCUCAUAGAGAAGAAAUUGGGCUUGUUGGCUCUGGUGAACGAAGAGAGUCGCUUCCCUAAAGGCACGGAUUUCACUCUUUUGGAGAAGUUGCACAGCAGACACUCCACCAACCCUUACUACGUGAAGCCUAGACUGGCCGACCAUCAGUUCGGUAUCAAGCAUUAUGCCGGAGAGGUCUUGUAUGACGUGAAAGGCAUUCUGGAGAAGAACAGAGACACGUUCAGAGACGACAUCCUCAACAUGCUCAAAGACAGCAGGUUGGACUUUAUAUACGACCUUUUCGAGAAGGUGGGCAGCAGGAACAACGAGGAGAAGAUGGGAACGGCAAGACGCAAGCCUACUGUCAGCUCCCAGUUCAGGGACUCGCUGCAUGCGCUCAUGGCUACUCUGAGUGCAUCCAAUCCUUUCUUUAUCCGCUGCAUUAAGCCCAACAUGGAAAAGAACCCAAACGUGUUCGACCCGGAGGUGGUGCUUAACCAGCUGCGCUACUCUGGGAUGCUGGAGACCGUCAAAAUCCGACGCGCUGGCUUCCCCGUCCGAAGAACUUUCAAAGAUUUCUUCUCACGAUAUAAGAUCAUUUACAAAGAGAAAGCAGCAGUAGCAGGAGAUGACAAGAAGAGGAGCACAGAUCUUCUAACUAAAUACGACAAAACUAAGAAGGAGUGGCAGCUGGGGAAGACCAAAGUGUUUAUGAAAGAGUGUCUGGAGCAACGCUUGGAGAAAGACCGGGACGAAGUACGACGCCAGGCGGCUAUGAUCAUAAGAGCUCACCUUCUCACUUUCUCCGCCAAAAAACACUUCAAGCGAGUACGCGCCAGCACCAUCACCCUGCAGAAGCACCUGCGCAGGCACAUCCAGCGUAGCCGCUUCGUGCGCCAGCGCAAAGCGACACUGGUGCUGCAGAGGCACAGGCGAGGUCAGGUGGCCCGAGCCCUUGUCCGUAAACUUCGAGGGGAGAGGAGGAAGAAGGAGGUCGAAGAGAGGAAGGAGGAGGAAGGAGGGGAGGAGACAGAAGAAGAGCGAGCCGCCGAGGGGAACAAUAAAUCCUCCGAGGACGAGGCGCGCCAGAUGGAGGAGAUCCUUCAGCUGGAGCGCGAGAUCGAGCGUCUGCAGAAGAAGCGCGAGGACGAGGUGUCGCAGCUUUGCGAGUCGUCCAAGCAGGAGCUGCAACUGCGCCGCGACGCUGAACUCAAGCGCAUGAAGAAGGAGGCCUCGCGCAAGGCCACCGGUCUCAUCGACCUGCUCAAUUUCGGCGGCGUGGAUCCAACCCUUGGCCAGGCGGCGCAGACAGAGGCCCGCACGGGUGCCGACGACCGUCCUGCUGAGGUCGCCCGGGCUGCCAAUGCCGCACAACCCAAGGACGAGGAGGUGGACGAGGGGUUCCACGCCGAGGAGGAGUACAUCCCGCUUCCUGACUUCCCCCCACCCGCCGAGACGGAUGCCCCGAUGGACCAGGCCAUAUUGGCCCAUCUCCCUCCGCCGCCACCAGCGUUCGCCGAAGGAACGGUGCCGCCCACCCCGCCUCCGCUCCCCACCGCUGAGCCCGAGAGGAAGGCCAGCAUGGUGGAGAGCCUGCCGGACGGCGAGGAGCCCAUCUACAGCCUGCCCGCCGACACAGAGUCCGACUAUGACCAGGAGGAGGAGGAUGGCUCGGUGACGGCUGGCGAUGACAGCUCCGUAUCAGGCAGCAACCGGGGCAGCGCCGCCGUGGCCGACGAGGAGCACCCGCGCAAGUCAACCUGCACCAGCGUCAGCGCCGAGUCUUACCGGGGAAGCUCUGACUCGUACGCCGGCAGCGAUGACGAGCACGAUGGCAUGAUGGACACGGAUGAGGAAGUGACAAACGGACGGGUGACCUUAUUCAACGGCAACGGGCCGCCAUAUUUCCACGGCUACCUCUACAUGAAAGCCGGUCUGAUGAUCCCCUGGCGGAGGCGCUGGUGCGUGCUGAAAGACGAGACCUUCAUGUGGUUCCGCUCCAAGCAAGAAUCCCUCAAGUCAGGCUGGCUCUACAAGAAAGGAGGAGGGCUCUCCACCCUCUCACGCAGGUUAAACUGGAAGAUGCGCUGGUUUGUGCUGAGGGACAGCAAGCUGAUGUACUACGACAACGACAGCGAGGAGAAACUGAAGGGAACCAUCGACAUCAGGGCUGCAAAGGAAAUCGUAGACAAUCACGAAAAAGAGAACGCUCUGAAUAUUGUGACAGACGAGAGGACCUAUCAAGUUUUUGCGGAGUCGCCAGAAGAUGCCAGCGGGUGGUUUAAUGUGCUCAGCAAGGUGCGAGUAUGCACACCAGAGCAGCUUCUGGAGAUGUCCCACGAGCAGGCCAACCCCAAAAAUGCUGUGGGCACGCUUGAUGUGGGCCUGAUUGACUCUGUCUGUGCUUCAGACAAUCCUGAUCGGCCCAACUCCUUUGUGAUCAUCACAGCCAACCGUGUGAUCCACUGCAACAGCGACACGCCUGAGGAAAUGCAUCACUGGAUCAGUCUGCUGCAGAAACCUAAAGGCGACACCAGGAUGGAAGAGUUCCUCGUUCGGGGUUGGCUCCAGAAGGAGGUGAAGACCAACGCCAAGAGCGCCUCGCUGAAGCUCAAGAAGCGUUGGUUCGUCCUCACGCACAAUUCGCUGGACUACUACAAGAGCUCUGAGCGCAACUCGUCCAAAAUGGGCACGCUGGUGCUCAACUCACUGUGCUCCGUCAUCCAGCCGGAUGAGCGAGUUCACAGGGAGACAGGUUACUGGAACAUCAUCGUGUAUGGCAGAAAACAUUCCUACCGCCUUUACACCAAAAUGCUAAAUGAGGCCAUGAGAUGGACCGCCGCCAUUCAAGGCGUCAUAGACAGCAAGACCCCCAUCGAGACCCCGACUCUGCAGCUCAUCAGAGACAUCAAGGAGAACAGUGUGAAUCUAGAAAUUGUGGAACAGAUGUAUAGAAGGAACCCCAUCCUCAGAUACACACAGCAUCCUCUCCACUCGCCGUUACUGCCGCUACCAUACGGCGAAGUCACCAGUCUGCAACGGCAGCAGGGCUACGCCAGCCUGCAGGACGAAGCGGUGCGAGUCUUUAACUCACUGCAGGAGAUGGAGACACUGGCCGACACGGUGCCCAUUAUCCAGGGCAUCCUGCAGACCUGCCAGGACCUCCGUCCUCUCAGGGAUGAGGUUUAUUGUCAGGUUAUCAAGCAGACCAAUCAUGUGCCUCAGCCCAACAGCCCAGCUAAUCGAGCGCAUUGGCACCUCCUCACUUGCAUGAGCUGCACUUUCCUUCCCAGUCGCGUCAUCCUCCGAUAUCUUCGCUUCCACUUGAAAAGGGUGCGUGAACGCUACCCCAACACAGAGAUCGAGCGCUACGCCGCUUUCAUCGGAGAAUCGCUGAAGAAGACCAAGACUCGUGAGUUUGUACCCUCACAGGAGGAGAUCGCCGCCUUGCUGGUUAGGCAGGAAAUGAGCACCACUGUUUACUGCCAUGGGGGAGGAUCCUGCAAGAUCUCCAUUAACUCGCACACCACAGCUGGAGAGGUUGUGGAGAAGUUGAUCCGAGGGUUGGCUAUGGAGGACAGCAAGAACCUUUUUUCUCUUUUUGAGCACAAUUCUGUGACUGAUCGAGCUUUGGAGAGCAGAGUCAUUGUGGCAGAUGUUUUAGCCAAGUUUGAAAGGCUUGCUGGCAGUGAGGAAGAGGAGGAAGAAGGAGAAUGGAAGCUGUAUUUCAAGCUCUACUGCUUCUUGGAUGUGGAAAGCAUGCACAAAGAAGGAGUGGAGUUUGCCUUCAUGUUUGAACAGGCUCACGAGUCUCUCAUCAGCGGACAUUUCCCAGCGUCUGAGGAGACGUUGCAGCAUCUGGCCGCUUUAAGGCUGCAGUAUCUCCACGGUGACGGGGCCGGCAGGGCUGGCUGGAGUCUGGGAACCGUAUAUCCAAUCGGACGUCUCCGCAGCCGCAUCAUACAUUCCACCAAGCCUGGCGUGGGUUCUGCAAGCGUAACGGCGGGAGGAGGAGGGACAGCGGACAGUAAGGCAGCGGCGGGGGGGCCGGGUGGUGUGGGCGGCGCAGUGGAGAAACGCAAAACGCCGAGCUUCUUGGACGGCACGCUGAGGAGGAGCUUCAAGACGGGGUCACUAAAGAAACAGAAGGUGGAAGAAGAGCAGAUGCUGGAGAUGUGGGUGAAGGAGGAGACAUCGGCCACACGCACCAGCGUGCUGGAGAAGUGGACACGGCUGCAGGGCAUGGCGCAGCACCAGGCCAUGCUCAAAUACAUGAGCAUCAUCAAGGAGUGGCCCGGAUACGGAUCUACUCUCUUUGACGUGGAGUGUAAGGAAGGCGGUUUCCCCCAUGACCUGUGGCUGGGCGUGAGCGCCGACAACGUGUCUGUCUACAAGCGAGGCGAACCCAAACCGCUGGAGACAUUCCAGUAUGAGCACAUCACAUUUUUUGGCGCCUCGCAAAUCUACACCUACAAGAUCAUCGUAGACGAGAGGGAGAUGUUCUUUGAGACGCCACUGGUUGGCGAGAUCACCAAGAUCAUGAGGGCUUACAUUAACAUGAUGGUGAAAAAACGCUGCAGCAUCAUGUCGGUCACCAGCGUUGCCAGCUCGUGGGUGAGGUGA